AUGAGCAAUCUUGGAAAACUAUCAUACUAUCUGGGGAUAGAAGUAGAGCAAGGGAGAGAUUACAUUGAGUUGAAACAGAUGGCAUAUGUGAAAAAAGUUCUUGAAAAAGCGGGGAUGAUGGGAUGCAACCCCAUUAAGUACCCAAUGGAUCCAAAAGACAAGGUGGAAAACCGGUGGAUACAACUGCCAACGGUGUUGCAUCAACAUGCUGCAAAAAGAAUUCUCAGGUACAUCAGGGGGACACUGGAAUACGGGCUGGUAUACACGAGGAAUAACAACAACAAUCUGCUGAGUGGUUAUUCAGACAGUGAUCUUGCUGGACACGUAGAUGAUCGGAGAAGUACUGAGGUUAUGGCAUUUUACUUAAGCGAGACUCUAGUGACAUGGGUUUCUCAAAAACAGCAUUGUGUGGCACUCUCUUUUUAUGAAAUAGAGUUUAUGGCAGCAACUGUUGCUGCUUGUCAAGCCAUUUGGUUGAAAAAUCUGCGGGGACUAAUCACAUGA